AUGUCCGGUUUCAUGGAAGUACUGACUCAAGACACGUUGGUGACCAGCAUUCUUAUGGGUCUGAUUGCCCUAGUCGGACUCGUGGCCAACGCCCUGAUGCUGCGAGCAGUCGUACAAUAUCCGCGGCUGCGAACUGACUUCUACGUUGUGUUUGGUUACCUGAGCGUGGUCGACUCGUUGUUCCUCAUUAUAAGUGUCCCAGCCAGUAUUAUGGAUAUGAUGUAUGCUUCCAAUGAGAAUACAGAAGCCUGGUGUAAAGGCAGUGCGUACCUCAUCAGCACUUGUGGUGUCAUUGCAGCAUACCUUAUCGUGGUGCUGGCAGUUCUCCGGGGUAUUUUGCUGACAAACAGGAAUACCAUUCGGCGUCCACAGGCAUACCAUUUGGUGAUAGUCUGUGGGGUAGUAUGCGGUAUUACUCUCCUGUGCUGCAUACCUGUCAUGUUUAUGUUCACCUCACUGGAAGGAAUGUGUUAUUUCGUGGAUCCGCUUAACGAAGCAAGUCGCUUCACUUGGCUGAUGACUUCGUUUUCUGAAUUUGUGCCUAUAGUCUUCAUUAUGGUUAUUUACUGUAUGACCUACCUGCUUGGAAAACGCUACUUCUCCGAUAGCUACUCGCCCAGAGAGAAGGAGAAAUCUCGACUGGUUUCUUCUAUAAUUAUUGCAUUUAUCAUUUGCCAAACCCCAUACAGAAUCGCUGCAAUUUAUGAUCUUUAUGUUGAUCCCAAUGAUGAGAUUAUGUUCAACAGAAUGUAUAUAAUUAAAAACUAUUUAAUGUGCUUGCUGAUGGCAGACAAGGCCGUCAGACCCAUUCUGUACACCAAACUCACUUCAGACCUCUGCGAAGCCUUUGACGAAGUCAUCAACUGUGUCUACUGUUCCAGUCAUUACUCACUGACCCACAGGUUCGGUAGACCCGUUUCUGCAUACACUACACCGACGAACCCGAAAGUCUUAUCAACUCUUAUCAGUUCAGCAGACAAUAACCUAGGGCGAACUACUGAACGAACUGUCUCGUCAUCGUCAGCUGAGUCGGCAACUUCACAGACGCCUCUUGUGCGCAAGAGUGUCGAAGAUGAGGCAAUGACAAUCUGCGUGGAGUGA